GUAUACAUUAGCCGGGAUACUACAGCAUUGAUUAGAGUGUUUUAGCAACUUAACUGUAGAUUUCAGGUAUACACUACCCAGGAUACUACAGGAAUGAUAAGAGCAGUUUACGAGUUAACUGUACAUUUCAGGUAUACACUACCCAGGAUACUACAGGAAUGAUUAGAGCAUUUUUACGAGUGAACUGUAGAUUUUAG